UAUUGUACGAUUGGGCAUCYAUAGCAACUACUGAAAACACACAGACACACCAUGGACAGGAAUCAGUAGUACUAGAGCAAUGGUUCCAGAUAAAGAGACUUCCAUUUUGACACCCUUCAAUGUUUUGCUAGGGACAAUAUCUAGUCACUUAACCAAAGAAAAUGUCCGGCUAAUCAAACUACAACUACAAGGACAUUUGAAUAAAGAAUGUUUGGAGAGUCUUCGAGUUGGUUAUGAUGUUACUGAGGUGCUUCAGCAGCGAGGGAUAGUGACGGACAAGAAACUAGCAUUUUUAAGGAGCUUGCUUGUUGGGUGUCAGCAGGAMGGAUUGGUUAAACUUGUAGAUGAAUUCAAAAAGUCUUCAGUUGAACUAGAUGGACAAGUAAAACAAGAGCGGUUACGUGCACAGAGAAGACUAAGCGGUCUUCGUGUYAUCAUGGAAAGACAAGCAGCAGAGAUACAAAACUACAAGACAACAGGAGAUGAUCUGAGAGACACACUGGAAAACAAGGAGGAUUUGCUCAAUAGUCAUAAAGAAGUAUGCAUCUCACAGUACGAAGACGUGGACAUGUUAUCAGAGCAGUUACGAACAGAAACUAUGGAGAGGGAUAUGUUGGAGGAACGAGACGURGAGAGCAGCGAGGUGAUCAAACUACAGGAAGCUGAACUGAAAAACUUACAAGAGGCUCUCAAGAACUCGAGGUUGAAUAUCAAAAGAGGGAGUCGUGAGAAACGUGUGAGCGUCUUCGACAAACAUUCCAACGACAAAUCAAAAAAGUCACUCGAGUCUUUGAUGAAGCAAAAAGAAGACAAAGAAGAAACGUUGAAAAAAUAUAAACAAAAUAACGAAGAAAUAGAAAARCAGCUUUACUCCAAGAGAGAAAAAGUGCGCCAAAUAAACUUAAAGAUUCUUGAGAAAACCAAAGAUUUGGUUCAGGUUGACCAGGAAAUAUUGGACUCGUUYGAGGAUAUACGAAAAGUACGACAGCUGAUAAGACAGAAUGAGAUCAAUGCGUGGGACAUCGAGAAAGAACUAGAAGAAACACAAGAAGAAUACGAGAAAACUGAGAAGAAUCCGGUAUUUGAUAAACCAAUCAGUGUUCCUGUGUGGAGACUGGAAGAAAUUGGGAAACCACAAAAGGUUUUAAAGUAUGACGAUGUUCUGGAGGAAAAUUCAUAUUCCAUAGGUUGUUAUGGUAACAGGAUUGACUCUCUACAGUUCGAUUGCCCACGUGGUAUAGCUGUCACGCGUAAGGACGUGGUAUUCGUAGCAGACCAUAGAAAYUGUCGUGUCCACAUCAUCGAAGAGACGGGUUAUCCAAUCAGAGAAGCCMUGACAAUGAACAAUACUUACCCAGCAGCACUUGCGGUCAACCGGAAGGGCAAUAUCAUCGUAUCAGACUCCCAAAUAAUUAAAGUAUUCACCUCAGAUGGAAUGCUUUCGCAUAAUUUUCUGCCUAUAUAUAAUAAAAGGGACGAAAGGCCAUCGAUAUCUGCACUAACCGUAGACAAGGAAGGACACAUUCUAGCUGCGGAUAUCACAAACCAUCGGAUUCAGAAGUUUCGUAUUGACGGCCAUUUUAUUGGAUUCAUAGGUGGGCCCGYKUACCUUCGWACGCCCAGCGGUAUAGCAGUCACCAAAUAUGGUGAUGUCGUUAUUUCUGAAUACGAAAGCCACCAAAUUAAAGUAUUUCAUUGCCACGGGAAGUCUUACAGUACAUUUGGUMGGUCUGGUAUUGGUAGAGGACAGUUUAUGAAUCCACGGGGAUURGCUAUAGAUAAUAAAGGAAACAUUCUCGUAGCGGACAGUAUGAAUCAUCGCAUUCAAGUAAUCAAUWUGGACGGGCAAUAUGUCAGUAGUUUUGGAAGACUGGGUUCUGAUCGUGGUUGCCUAGAUACGCCGUAUGCAGUGGCGGUUAAUCGCAAAGGUCACGYGUUUGUAGCGGAUAGUGGGAACCAUCGACUAACAGUAUUUACUUGAUAGCUAGUCCCAUACUAGUAUAUGACUAUCGAUGUAUCAUUAUUAUUCACCAAGCAAAUUGGAAAACCGAUUUGGGUUGAAAGGGUUAAAUCAUCAAGCUAAGAUCCAGGGGUAUUCUGGGUAGUCGAUAUCCUAGGCCGGCAUUUGUAGCSUGAUUGCAUACAGACAAAGCAUUAAGAGUGGCAAAGUGCUUUGUUGAUCGGUAACUUGAAURAAUGUUCGACAGCUGAAAAACUGCAAUAUGCAUAAUG